UCGGUAUUUAAUAUACACAGUAGAUCAGCAACCCUAGCUAUAAAAGUGGCUGAUACAUCUCACUGCGCGUCACCAGCUAGGGUUUACAAGGCUCCGCAAGCUGAAGUCCUUUCCUCUCUUCGUUUUUCUCUCUAAGAUUCAUUCGCAGCCAUGUCGAGGAGAAAGGUCAGGGAACCCAAGGAGGAGACUGUGACUCUUGGUCCCAGUGUACGAGAUGGGGAGAUUGUGUUUGGUGUGGCCCACAUUUUUGCGUCUUUUAAUGACACCUUCAUUCAUGUGACUGAUUUGUCAGGAAGAGAAACCCUGGUUCGCAUUACUGGUGGUAUGAAGGUGAAAGCUGACAGAGAUGAAUCUUCACCAUAUGCUGCCAUGCUUGCAGCACAAGAUGUUUCACAACGAUGCAAGGAGCUUGGCAUUAACGCUCUUCAUAUUAAGCUCCGGGCUACUGGAGGGAACAAGACUAAGACCCCUGGUCCAGGUGCCCAGUCUGCACUUAGGGCUCUUGCUCGUUCAGGCAUGAAAAUUGGUCGCAUAGAGGAUGUCACUCCGAUUCCUACCGACAGUACUCGCCGAAAGGGUGGCAGAAGGGGAAGAAGGCUCUGAUUCUUCUCAUUAUGUUCAAGCAUGUCUGCAGUUUUGGUUGUUAAGUUGCUUCCUCUUAUUUCAUGUUCGGUUCUGAACAAUUUUCUUUUUUGGGUAGUUUUGAAUAUGGUUUAGACAAUAUUUGAUGAUUUGGAGCUCCACAAGUUUGAAAGAUAACGAGUCACUCUCUAAUGCUGGAUUUCAAGCUUUUUAAAUAUGCUAUCCUUAUAUUUAUACAAUUAAACUACUCGGUUUAUGCAGUUAACGUUGAAAGUGUUAUUUUAUCC